UGAUCACCAGGGACCAGCCAACAUCAUUUUUUGAGCUUAACUCCUUAUUACCGAUCAACUAUGAACUCCUAGAUUUGUCAUAAUUAUUCCACUGACAUGGAGUCUAUCAUCAACCACCUGGUCAACAAGCAUCUGUGGGCCUCCUACACCUACCUCUCCGUGGAAUUCUAUUUCAACUGCAAUGAUGUGGUUCUGGAGGGCAUGGGCCACUUUUUCCACAGUGUGGCUCUGGAAGGCAUGGGCCACUUUUUCCACGAAUUGGCUGAUGAGCAGGGCAAGGGCUACGGGCAUCUCUUGAAAAUGCAAAACCAGCACAGUGGCUACACCCUCUUUCAAGACAUGCAGUAGCAUCU